UUACUGCCGAAGCGGGACGGUUGGUGCAGCGGGCGGAGGAUCAGGCGAGUGCGGGAAAGGGAAAGGACGGCAGCGGAAGAGAAGACAUUGGAAAGGGAGCAUUUCCAGAUCAAGAAUGCAAACCAAACAUAACAUUGAGAUGUAGCAGUCAUGUGACUCAUCAGGCUUCAAAGGUCAUUAGCCUUUGAAUGAAGAAGAGAGAGCUGUUUGCCUGUUCCGUUAAUGGGAAAAGAUUUCAAAUAUGUGUGUGACUCAAAGCACUGAGAUGUGCACACCCAGAUGAGGAUGCCUCAGUGCACUGACUGUGGAAACAGUGUUGACCAGUUAGCCAGUGUGCAAUAAAUUAUUGCACCAUUCAUAUCAGGAAGAUACCGUACAUGUGUUUGAGCACAAUAAGGCCAUAAGAAACAGCAGAAUUAGCCUGUUCAGCCUAUUGUGGCUGCAUCAAUAUUCGAUAUGGCUGAUAUGUUCUUCAACCCCAUGCUCCUGCUUGGAUUCCCUUGUCAUUAAGAGCCUAUCUAUCUCUGUGUUAAGUGUACUUCAAUGACUUGGACCCUACAGCCCUCUGGAGCAAUGGGUUCCACAGUGUAACAAUCCUGGAGCUGAAGAAAUACCUCCUCCUCUGUGCUCAAAAGGGUCGUCCCUUCACUUGGCUGCUAGUCUCUGCGAGUCAUGGAAACAUUUUCUCUAUGUCCACUGGAUCCCAGUGUUCUGUAAGUUCCAGUCAUAUCCCCCUUCUCGACUCCGUAGACAAGGUUUUGACUGAUCAUCCAACCUGGAGAGGAACAAGGACACCCACCCAAUGGCAAAGCCGUGGAUUUGUGGGGACUGUGGGAAAGGAUACAGUUACCCAUACCAACUGGAAACUCAUCGGCGCAGUCACACUGGGGAGAGGCCGUUCACCUGCGCAAUCUGUGGGAAAGGGUUCACCCAGUCAUGCACACUGCACACACACCAGCGGGUUCACACAGGCGAAAGGCCAUUCCUCUGUCUGUACUGUGGAAAGCGAUUUAAUGCUUCAUCAAAUCUUCUGACUCACCAGCGAGUUCACUCUGAUCACAGACCGUUUAAAUGUUCUGACUGUGAGAAGAGCUUUAAGAGCAAGAAGGACCUCUUAACACAUCAGCGCACGCACACAGGGGAGAGGCCGUUCACCUGCUCUGUGUGUGAGAAGGGAUUUAUUCAGCCAUCACACCUCCUCCGACACCAGCGAUUUCACACUGGGGAGAGGCCGUUCACCUGCUCGGAGUGUGAGCAGAGGUUCACCGAUUCAUCCGACCUGCUGAAACACCAGCGCAUACACACUGGUGAGAGGCCAUUCGCCUGCUCUGUUUGUGGGAAGGCGUUCACUCAGUUAUCCAGCCUCAGCUCACACCGGCUGGUUCACAGUGACCAGAAACCCUUCCAAUGUCCCAACUGUGAAAAGAGGUUCAAAAGCAAAUGGAAUCUGUUGUCUCACCAACGUAGUCACACUGGAGAGAGACCAUUUACCUGCCCUGUGUGUGGUAAGGGCUUCACCCAGUCAAACAAUCUGUUGAAGCACCAGCAUAUUCACAGCCAACAGUCAGGGUUCGAGUCUGCUGGUAUUGCUGGGGUUAAUCUCAUCCAGGACUGACUCGGUUCUUCUCAUAGUUGGAAAAUGUUAAUGUGUUUGUGCUGAAUUUAGUAGCAGGCCUAGAUUAAAACACUCAGGAUAACAAUGAAGUGAAACAAGUUCAUUUGAAGUACACUAUCUUUCCCUGCUGGAUGAAGCUCAGAAAGGACAAUAGUAUGAAGGGAAAUCCAACUGAAGGUCAGAAAUAAAAGUUUCUGGAGGAAAUGUGCAGGUCUGGCAGCAUCGGUGGGGAAUUUAAUUAACUCUGUUUGCAUUUUGAGCCUUCUUUGGACAACUUGAGUGAAGGACUGUUUAGCUAGAAAAUAAUUUCUGCCUGGACACAGUCCUUCAAGGCCACACCAAGAGGUUCAAAUGGUAUUUUGGUCCUUCUCUUCAUUG